CCAGUAGUGUUUUCAAUCGGAAUGUCUUUUGUCUUUUAGUUAUCUCGAUCUUAGUGACGUGGUCCUUUAAGUACGGAAUUGUACGAUGUCAACUGAAUGUUUUACUGCAAGGAACUAUUGAGAAAUUUGGCGCCAUUUACUGAUAGAUGGAUGUUUGAAUAUUAUCAGUUUAUAGAAAAAAAGUUCACAAGCAACACACACUAUGGAGGAAGGUGUUUGUGGUUUCUGUCGACGCAAGGAUGCUGAGGACAUCUGUGGGAUGCUGCACUCGGAAAUAACAGAUGAAGGAUGGGUCGUUGCUCAUCACAAGUGCAUGCAAUAUUCGGCCCUUCUAACGCAAUAUAAAUUCAGCCACUUUGGAGGCUUCAAGAUUGCAAAAGUUUUGGAUGAAUACAAACGUGGAAAGCAAACUAAAUGUUUUGUUUGUGGAUGUGGCAAGAAGAGGAAGAAGGUCCCUCGGGGAGCCACGGCAGGAUGUGCCGUACGGUCCUGCAGACGUUCCUUCCACUACUACUGUGCCAAGAUGUCUCCCGAUGUUGUCACGAAGAGACUGGUUGUUCAUAUCAAGACUAGAGGAGAGAAAACUGUGCUCUACAGAGUGUUCUGCUGCAAAGAACAUGAAGAUAAAUACAGGAAAAAUUUGAAACAUUACCUUUCCACUUCAUCCAGUAACAACAACAACAGUGAUGUUGGCAGUGAUGAUGAAGGGGACUGUGAAGAUGACGAAGAUUAUAAGGAGUUCGACUAUGAUGCACUUUCUCAAAACACAAAUACAACUUUUGUAAAUAUCAGUGAUACCGAAUCCCCAUUUAAACACCCCGCUGGAAAGGUUACUCUGAAACACCUCCCGGAUGAAUCAGGAGACAAGUCGAUGUUCUCGUCAAGUAAUAACGGCAGUGACGUCAGCAAAGGCAACUGCGAUGACAACUACACUGGCAAUGGAGUCCAUUCAGAUGGAAGUGACACACCAAAACAGAAAAGAAAAGCUGACAAUAUAUCUGUCAAUUCUUCGCCAACUAAGAAGGCAAAAGCAAGUACUUCAAACCGUAAUUUACCUGAACUUACUAUUGAGUGUGUUAAGAUAGAUAGCCCUGAGAAAAAAAACAAUAAAAAAAGUCAAACAUCAACUGGAUUGUCACUUGGAAAAAGUGCUGAGAGUUCGAAGAAAAAAAAUGGAAAGAAGUUGGUUGUAAAAAUGAACGCUUUCACAUCCCCUGGUGGUAAAGACAAGAGUGAGACCAACUCGGCGGUAGAGAAUCAUACGAUGGAUCACAAAGGGGAUCGGAAGGUGGAUCACAAAGGGGAUCGGAAGGCGAGCAACGAGAAGUCCUUCACUAAACCUCCACCUACUUCACGUGGGAGCACACUGGACACUUGUGCCGUGUGCAUUGUGGGUGAGGCCAAGCUAACCCUGAAGUUGAGGCAGCAGCUGGAGAAACAAGUCAGCAGGAAGCUGGACGUGAAGACCAGUAACAUCUUUGUUUGGCAGGACCUUGACCACACUCCGUGUCUCCCAAAACAAAGCAUGAUCUGCUUCAUUCAGGACUUGACAGAGCGCUUCGUAAAGCAAGACAUCCCAGAGGUGACGAAGUUGAUGUUUGAUAAUGAGUACCUGGAGGGGAAGGAUAAGAAGCUGUACCAGGUCGAGGGAGGUUUCCUGCAACGUUUGAACAACCAGGACAUCAUCAACCAAACUCACGAUCUGUACUGGACCAGGGUCACCACGCAGAUCUCCAAACUAGGGCAGAAAGGAGGCGUCUUCAAGCCUGAUGGCAAGAGAACCCUUGUGCUGCUGCUGGAUGACUUCAUUGACGAGGAUGGGAAGAUGCGGGAGAAGUUAGGUGUUAUGCCGGGACAGGGCGAGCCUGACAUGGUGACGUGGACGUCGGCUACCGUGGUUACCAAAAAAACAGAUGAAGAAGAUUUGGAGAUGGGCAGACUUGAGGUGGAUACGAUUCUCCAGUGGACUGGGGAGAAGUUUAGGAACAUUGGUCAUGUAUUUGUUCAUCCCCAGGAAGACAUUUUGAUACCUGAGUCGGAGGAAAGUGAUGGUGUCAAUGACAUUGUUGAACAUGUUCAGUCCUCCAAAUCUGGGACUCCAGGUCAUACGACCAUAAUGGUCCUGAAGCAGAUUGAUGAAACUGUGGUUAACUUCCAGGCGUACUGUCGGAAAGCCUUUCAGAAGGUCCUGCCAUCCUGUCUGAAGACAGGAGCUGCUCUUGCAGUCCUCAUUGACAUCCGCUCCCUCUCAAGUAAAAGCAUACAUCAGCAGAUUGGGGACGUGUUUGUAGACGAGAAAGGAAGAAAUGUUCCAGUGACUAUUAGAAGUGUCUUCGACCCGUCGUCAAUACCAGUGUCAUUUGUGGUGGUCGAAGUUGAUGCACAACAGCUCAAGGUACAAAAAGGCAAUAUAGUCACUCCCACAAAGCAGACCCCCAAACGAAGUGAAUACCCAACGGACCUGCAAAAACCAUCAACAUCAGGUGUCAAGCGCACACCCCUAAGGACCCCUAAAGCCGUGGCAGACAAAUGAGGAAACUAUUUUAUUUUUUUAAAUUGAGAUUUUAUCAGGUUCUUAGUUUUUUAAAUUCUGAGGUAUUUUAACAUUUCAUUCAAAGCCGCUUCUCUGUUUAGAUCCUGUUAUCAGUGAACUACAAGUCACCUUUACAGAGCCAUAUUUGUUAUACUGUAUUAGCAUGAACCAGGAAUAUGUUAUACAAAUUUUUCUACUGACAUGCUGAUUUUGGGCCAAAAUAAUAUUGGCCUCGAACUUUGUAAAAAAACUUAAUGUUGACAUUUAAUAGUCAAACUGCCUCAAAUAUGACUUUUAGCGAGUCAUGGUACAGCAUUUAUGAUAUGUGUAUCCAUUCUCUUGCAACUAAAGUUCGUUUCAAGGCGUCAAUA